ACGUGCGGCGGGGUCUGGUGCAGCCGAGCACAUCUUCCGGGGCGGGAAGGCAGAAUCGGCAUCAGGAAAAGCCCGGCCCUUCGAACGCCCAAGAAGGACCUUUCUAAGGGCCCAACACCCCGGGAAACCCAGAACCGGGAGCCCCCAUCGCGGGAGAGACAGCCCCGAGGGCGGAAGACCCCUGGCCAGCGUCCCCCGGAGUCCUCUGGGAAGCGGCGUACGGUGUCGCGAGCCGCGCCCUGCGGAGGAUUCUGGGAGUUGUAGUUCAGCCGCGAGUUCGGGCAGGCGCGACCGGGCCCGGCCGGCUCCUAGAUGUCUUUGUUGUCUGCCCCGGCUUCUUCCGUGUCGGGCGUGAGGUCGAGCCUGGGGUCGAACAGGACUGAGCGUGUGUCCUUCUAAGUCUCAGUGGCCGGAAGGAGGGCGGCUGGAGGGCCCCCGGGUCGGGGGCGCAGGCUGCCCCGCGAGGGUCGCGCGUGUUCCCCGCCCCUGGGUGGGCGACCUCCCUCCCAGCCCCCGGGCCCCUCGCGCGUUCGCUGCGCCUUUCUCUGCGGCGGGAGUCACCUGCGCGGGCCGGGAGAGAGUCGCAGGGAGCCGGGGGGCAGAGGGUCACUUUCUGAGGACUUAGACCUUCCUGGUGCUGGAAACCCAAAAUAGCAUGACCACUGUGCUGCUGACCAUUGCCUCCCAGUUUGAGUCCUUCUCAGAAGCCUCUGGAAGGAGGUCCCUUGGUGAGCACUGAUGUGUUUGGUUCUUCAGGAGUCGUCGAUGGUCAGGGAUAUGGCUGAGGCUCUCCCCAAGUGGGGGCAGCUGAACCCUCCUCAGGGAGAUGCGCCCAAGAAGCAUAGGAAUCUGGUCUUGCUGGGGCUUCCAAUUUCCAAGCCUGAUGUAAUCUCUCCGUUGGAGUGUAAGGAGGAACUGGAGAGAGAAAUCCCAAAAGCGACUGGUCCAGACUGGGAGACAAAACCAGAAAGCAAGGAGCAAACUCCAAAGCAGGACAUUUCUGAAGAAGCAUCAGCCCCUGGGGUGUUAAUAGAUAGAUUUCCAAAGGAAAGUUCCGGUGAAUGUGAGGCUUCUUUAGAGAGUCAGCAGGAAAACCAUGAGAAACAUUUAAUGCAAGAGGUUGUCACUCAGAAGAGAUCUUCUGGGGAGAGAAGUUACCAGUGUGGUGAAUCUGGAAGAAAUUUUAGUUGGAGAUCAUUACAUGUUCAACAGCAAGAAGAAAGACUACAUAAUUGUGAUUCAUUCAAAAAGAACUUAAAACGAAAUGCAGAUCUAACGAGGCAUGAGAAGAUUUGUACAGGAAAGAAACCGUGGAAGUGUAAUGAGUGUGAGAAGGCCUUUAGUUACUACUCAGCUUUUGUCUUGCAUCAGAGAAUUCACACAGGAGAAAAACCUUACGAAUGUAACGAAUGUGGUAAAGCCUUUAGCCAGAGCGUACACCUUACUCUACACCAGAGAAUUCAUACUGGAGAGAAACCGUAUGAAUGUCACGAAUGUGGGAAAGCUUUCAGUCACCGCUCAGCCCUUAUUCGGCAUCAUAUAAUUCAUACUGGAGAGAAGCCCUAUGAAUGCAAUGAAUGUGGGAAGGCCUUUAAUCAGAGUUCAUACCUCACUCAACAUCAGCGAAUUCAUACUGGAGAGAAACCUUAUGAGUGUAAUGAAUGUGGGAAGGCCUUCAGCCAAAGCACAUUCCUUACCCAGCAUCAGGUCAUUCACACUGGAGAGAAACCAUAUAAGUGUAAUGAAUGUGGAAAAGCCUUUAGUGAUCGAUCAGGCCUUAUUCAGCACCAGAGAACUCAUACUGGGGAGAGGCCUUAUGAGUGUAAUGAAUGUGGGAAGGCCUUUGGCUACUGUUCAGCCCUGACUCAACACCAGAGAACUCACACUGGGGAGAAACCCUAUAAAUGCAGUGAUUGUCCCAAAUCCUUCAGUGACCGCUCAGCCCUUAUUCGUCAUCAGAGAACACACACUGGAGAGAAACCUUACAAAUGUAAGGAUUGUGGAAAAGCUUUCAGCCAGAGCUCAUCUCUUACAAAGCAUCAGAAAACUCACACUGGAGAAAAACCCUACAAAUGUAAGGAAUGUGGAAAAGCUUUCAGCCAGAGUUCAUCCCUUUCUCAACAUCAGAAAACCCAUGCUGGAGGGAAAACCGGGGAAUAUGGAAAAUCCUUUAGUGAGCAUUCAGUCUUUAGCCAGCAAAAGAGAAUUCAUACUGGAUAAAGAUUAUAUAAAUGUAGUACGUUCAGAGCAUAUUUAUUGAACAAUUACUAUACAUGCUGUGAGGGCUACAAAGGAAUUUAUGACUGUUACAAAAAAGAUAGUCAUUGAGAAGUCAUUGUUGAUAUGGGACAUAGCUGACAGAAUGUGAAAGAGGAGUUUUACAUUUUUUAAAGUGUUCUAAUGGAGGACACUGAAUUUCCCUGGGGAAAGAAGGAAAUUAUUUCCAAUACCCUAAUGUGUAUGUAAGCUACCUAAUCCUUGAGAGAGAAAUAGGGUAUGCCAUGAUGGAAAGAAGACAUCUUGGCUGGGCUGGGUAGUCUCAUAAUGCUAAGGGGAUGAGAUUUUACAGAGAUAAGUGCUUUUGGGGAAAUUACAGGGGUAGAAAUCAAGAGAUUGAGAAUUCACAAUGAGUGUGUCCAGGCUUGGAGGUGGCAGUGGAAGGGAAGUUGUCCCUAGUCUUUAUUACAAGGGCACUGAAGAGGUAGGCAGAAAGGAUAGAGAAAAAGAGCUGGGGGAAUGAACUCAAGAAAUGUUGAUGGAGAAAACUAUUCAAACACAUACAACCAGGAAAAGUAUUAGUCAGACUUGUUAGUUGGUCAGUUGCAAAGUUUCCACCCUGAAGCCUAGGAACGUUGGCCUGGCAGUCCACUUCUGCACUUUUUGUCUUUUCGACCUUGCAUAUUGAGAUGUCACCUACUAAGAAUCACAUUAACUCCAAGGGUCAAGAUGGACAGCCUAGAAAGGGAGAGUACAGAAGGGACCUUUGAUGUUUUCAGUCUGUUAAGCUAUCUGAGUUACCUGAGAAUGUGCUUAUUUAUAAAGAUUUACCUCAGUUGUAUGUAGUUUGUACUUAGACUUUUUCAUACCAUAGUAAAAUUUAGUUGUGGACCUGAGCUGACACUGCAUAUUAGAUUGUGAAAACUUGAAAAGACUUUGAAAUUCUUGCCUGUCACCAUUUUUCUCGGGGAUAGAGGCAGAUGACAUCUUUGUGUAUAUAUUUUUUUCAUUGAAACUUUGAAGGUUAUCACUGCAAAUAUUUUGAGUACUGGGUUUUUAGUUUCCACAAGUUUGUGAUGUCUUGGUGUGGAUUUCUUUGAGUUUAUCCAUUUUUCUGAGCUCUUGAAUCUGUACGAUUAAUGUCUAUUGCCAAAUUUGGGGGAUUUUUCAGCCACCAUUUCUUUGGAUACAUUUUCAGCCCCCCACCCCCACCCUUUCUUUCCUUCCAGGACUCUGAUGGCACAAAUGUUAGAUCUUUGAUUGCUGUUCCACAGGUUCCUGAGGCUCUGUUCAUUUUUUUUCAGUAUAUUUUUUUCUUAGUCUGCUCAGCCUGCCAUAACAAAAUAACAUAGACUGGGUGGCUCAAACAACAGAAACUAAUUUCUUACAGUUCUGGAGGCUGGGAAGUCCAAGAUCAAGGUGUUGACUUUGGUCUCUUGCAAGUGUUCUCUUCUUGGCUUGCAGAAGGCCACCUUCUUGCUGUGUCCUCACGUGGCCUUUCCUUGGUUCAUGCACGUGGGAAGAGAGAGAGAUUCUCUCCGAAUAGGCUCCGAGCGUUAUGACCUCAUUUAACCUUAAUUACCUCCAAAAAGCCUUAUCUCCAAAUGUAGUCACAUUGGGAGUUAGUGCUUCAACAUAUGAACUUGAGGGGACGUAAUUCAGUCCAUAGUGUUCUGCCCCUGCUCCCCCCAAAUUCAUGUUUUUCUCACAUGCAAAAUACAUUCACACCAUCCCAACAACCCCAAAAGUUUUAACCCAUUCUAGCAUCACUUCUAAAGUUCAAAGUCUCAUCUAAGUAUCACAUAAAUCAGAUAUGGGUGAGACUCGAGCUAUAAUUCAUCCUGAGGCAAAAUACUUGUCCAGCUGUGAAUCUGUGAAACCACAUAAGUUAAGUGCUUCCAGAAUAGGAUUGUGCGACAGGCAUAGUGCAGAUAUUCUAAAAGGGAGAAACAGGAAAGAAGGAAGGGAUGAUGGGUCCCAAGCAAGUCCAAAACCUAGUAAGGCAAACUCCAUGAGAUCUUAAGGCGUGAGAAUAAUCCUCCUCGGCUUGAUGCCCCACCUUCCAGACCCACUGGUGCAAUGGGUCUGCUACCAAGGCUCUGCUGCACAACCCUGUGGUUGGAGGCUGUCUGGAUUGUUGAAACUCAUUGGUGUCCCCCCACUUUGAAACAAGAGGCAACCUGAUGCGCUCUGAAUCAGCUUGGAGUCAUUCUUCUGGAACUUUCUUGAAGCAUAGGGCAUGUUUGCAGCUGAAUACCUCUGUUGUCUGGGCCUGUAACAUCUAAGAAGUCUCAUGGCCCUCCUUCAUUUGUCUGGUUUUUCAUUCCCCUUUAGUCCCAGCUGGUGGUGUUUCUGCUGAUAUAAUCUUAUUUCUAUUCCUGGCGUCUGCUGAGAUGGCUGAUUAAGUUUAUGAGUCUCACUCAUGAUCUCUUUAUCAAAUGGUUGUUCAGCCACACCCUCUUCUCUUCAGAUUGAGAUUUCUCAUAUUUUACAGUAUGGAUAGAUAGAAUUAUCCAAAUCUCCAAGUUCUGGUUCCUUUUUGCUUAACAAUUCCUUCUCUCUCUGCUCACGUUUUGCUGUAAGCAGUAAGGAGGACCCAAGCUGUACCUUCCCUGCUUUGCUUGGACAUCUCUGUUGAAUAUCCAGUUUCAUUGCUCACAAGUUCUGCCUUUCACAAAACACUGAGACACAGGUCAGCCAAGUCCUUUGCCACUUUACAUCAAGAAUCGUCUUCCAGUUUCCAAUAAUGCGUUCCUCGUUUCUGGCUGAGACCUCACCAGAAGGGCCUUUAACCUCCAUAUUUCUAGCGUGCACCUUGAAACUUUCCCAACCUCUAUCUGUUACUCAGUUCCAAAGCUGCUUCCACAUCUUUAGGUAUGUGUUGGAGCAGCACCCCACUUCUAGGUACCAAAAUCUGUCUUAAUCUGCUUGGGGUGCUGUAAAAAACAUACCAUUGACUGGAUGACUCAAAAGAAAUUUAUUUCUCACACUUCUGGAGGCUGGGAAGGCCCAGAUAAGUUGCCAGCCAAUUCAGUUUUUGGUAAGAGCUCUCUUCUAGGCUUGCAGAUGGCCACUACUUGCUGUGUCCUCACAGCCUUUCCUUGGUGCAUACAUGUGGAGAGAAAAAGAGAAUUCUCUUUUCCUCUUCUUAUAAGGCUACCAAUCCUAUCAGAUUAGGAUCCCAUACUUAUGACCUCAUUUAAC